AUGGAUACAUCAAAAGGUAUAUCUAAUUCAUUGGAUUUACGUAGAUGUCGAUCAUUACGUAAUAAUAUUAGUAAAUCAAGUUUAUCAGGAGUUUCAAGAUUAGGUAGUGGUAGUGGAAAAACACGUUCUAGAUCACGUCAACAUUUAGAAGAAAACUGUGCUAUUAGAAACAUGACGUCAACUCAAAAAACAUCUCUUGUUUGUUCAUGGAAAGCAAUUAAACCAAAUGCAAAUUCACUAAUGCGAAAAAUUUUUAUUGAACUUGAAGCUGUUGCUCCUAAAGUUAAACAAAUAUUCGCAAAAGCUGCUAUAUUGGACUGUUUCGCAAAAGAAACUUCUGAAUCAAAGAGUGGAACCAUUGAUGAACAUGUUAAGUUAUUUACCAAAUUUAUGGAUGAUGUAAUUUUAAACCUUGAUAGGGAAACGGAAGUUAAAAAUAUAAUUAGAAAAGUUGGCCAAUCACAUGCUGUUUUAAACAAUUCAUGCUCAUUUCAUAGUAACUUAUGGGAACAUCUAGGUGAAAUAGCAAUGCAAAAAAUAUGUCAACUAGAUGCUAUACAGAAAUCUCGAGAAACAUGUAAAGCAUGGAGAAUGUUAAUUGCUUUUGUUACUGAUGAAGUAAGAAGUGCUUAUGAUGAACAAGUAAAAAUUGCAAGAAGAUCUUCUGUUGAUGUACAAAAAGAAACUAAUAAUGAAGGUGAUUUUUAUGAUAAAAUGAAAAAUUUACAACUUCAUGAAGAAGAUGGAUAUGAUUCAAAAUAA